ACUUCCGCUGUCCGCUCAGACAGCCUAACCAACUGGACUAUUGAUUACAUGACCCACACAUGUGCCACGGUUGUUUGUCAUUCUAUACGUGCGUACCCAUGUGUGUUUACACAUACCUAGACACGUAGUUGUUCUAAUCUGCGCAGCCUAUGAGUGGAGAGCUGUAGACCGGUUCCGGUACGUAACUGGUUUCUUGGGCCGUAUACUUUACUCCGUAUGUGGCACGUAAACACGGUGUAAUUAUUGGCUAUGUAUGAACCAGUCGGUUUAGGCACGGCUUCAAACUAUUGACAAGCAAGACAGACAGACACAAAGUCCAAGAACAUCUCCGCUACUGUGAUAAGUCCAACAAAGCGAGAAGAGUGGAUCCUUAGUUUCAAUUCGCCAUGCUCUUGUUAUUUAAUCAGACAUUUGACUUCCGUAUGUGAAGCAGCCACCGUAGUAGGUGCUGUGAGCUUACUAUUAUGCUUCCUUCUGCCGGGUCAGUGGAAGGAAGUGGAAUACGUCACUAAUGCCGCGUGGACGGAGACCCAGUGAUUUAUUUAUUCAACUACAGAUGACCCAGAACAAUAUAUCGCCUCAUACAUUCUCCCCCGAAGUCACGAGACGAUUAUCAACAAAUGUACAUUCCAAACAGUUCAGUAAAUCGAUAUCAUCCAGCGUCUGCAACUCUGAAGACUCGGGGUUAGAUCGAACACUGAAUCUAACACCAUCUUCCCCUCUACCAGCAGACAGCGAUUCUGAGGAUAGCAAUUUUUUGGAAGACUUCAACUCACUAAGCAACAGCGUACGACAAGUUCAGCUGGACCGGUCGCCAGAUGUCCAAACCUAUCGGGAUCUGCCUCCUUAUAAUGUUUGUACUGUGGCACAGGCAGUGCAACAUUCACCAUCAGGGUGCUGUGAAGCAGCAACUCGAGAUGUGCAUCACUCUAACAGACGGUGCAAAUCACAAACUAGAGAGCAGCAAAAUGACAAUCGAUUCCAUGUGCUAUCAUUUAAGCAAGUUACACGGUUAUAUAGCCUAUUGAAUGAAUCGAUACCUAUUCAUAGCCGAUUUCCUGGAUUUCCAACCGUCUGGGUCCGCCCAAGUGCACUGUUUCAUGCUGUUCAAGAGAAUUUGAAGAAUUCUGGGGUUCCUGUGCGAAACAUCCGUUUAAAUGGCGGCGCUGCCUCAUACGUAAUCGGUAAUGAAUCGUCGAUUGAAUUCAACGAUAUCGAUGUCCUUAUCUCUGUCGAUUUAAGUUCCCACACUUCUAUCAGCCAACGAGUAAAAUCUUCCGUUUUGGACGCACUUAUGCAAUUUUUACCAGAAGGACAAAAAAACCCAGUCAUCAACCCUUGUGUUGUUGAUAAUGACAAAGGAGACCCAAAGCAACUCACGCAUUUAUGUUCACCUUCUCUGAUGGGCCAGGGUACGAUUUUGCGUCCAUAUUCUUCCUCGUAUGUGAUUGCGACAAAUUUUUGCAGAGCUUUUACUGAAAAUUCACAAACGUCUCUGACCCAAGAACAAAAGUAUUUGAUUGAGCACAGUUUUAAACAGGCGGAUAGUGCUAUCAACAGUUCAUGUUCUCUUCAACCAAUGAGGCUGUUUGACAUACCAAUUGUAUCUACCAGUGAGCCGUCACAAUCCCCGAACAUUUUACCUGGACAGGGUGUACAUCUAUCUACAGCUGCUUCACCUUCCUCGCUUGUCCAAACUCCGUGCUCAAUGAAUCUAAGUAAAUAUGCACCAUUGCCGGGAUCCGCUAGCAACCAAAAUAUCCUGUCAAAUGACAUAUAUCUACGGGAAUCUUACAUAUUUAAGCAAUUCCGCAAAUUCAGCCCUCAGGAUUCAGACUGCUGGUCAUUGCUUUCAAUCGGCGUGCCAUCGAAUCAGUCAAAGGUUGUUGAAUUCAAAUUUGUCGACCGUAUGAGACGCCAGUUUGAGUUUACCGUGGACAGCUUCCAGAUACACCUUGAUUCCAUUCUUUCCUAUAUAUAUCAGAACCCCGACGCAGAACUCACACCGAAUUCUUAUCCCACAGUUGUGGUAGAGUCAGUUGCCUGUUCGUACUCGCUUGCAUUGCAUCACCUAACGAACAAAAUAAUUGCAACUAAAGAGCCAGAAAUGAUUAGAGGAGGAGGACUUUUGAAAUACUGCCGCCUGUUGGUGAAUGGCUAUCAGUCACCAGAAGGCAUGGACGUCUGUUCGCUGGAACGUUAUAUGUGUUCCCGUUUCUUCAUCGAUUUUCAGGACUUAAAGAGCCAAAAGUGCAAGCUUGAAGCAUUUCUCGAAAAUCAUUUUAAGGGAGAUGAGACAAAUCAGAAGGUCCUUUUUCUUAGAACCGUAUACCGCGUCGUAAGCGGGUCAACUAUUUGUUUAAUGUCCUUUGAGCGUUUUCAAACCCUGAACAUAAUCAUUCAACUGAUUCAACAGUUGAAUCAGAAAUCACAACCACAGACAUUAUCAUUUAACAUCGAUUUGUUCGCCAAGCAACAGAAUUUAUCCGUGGACCACAUCUUUUUUGGUACUCAACUAUUUCCCAUCAUAACCCACUCUUAUUGCACAUGCGACAAUUCUCAGCCAAAACCAAAUUCCAUUCUGGUGAUCGGUUCAUCUUGUCCACAGUGCGUCUUUGGCUGAUUCCCCAUGGUCAUCGCUCAUGAUGAUGUUUACAUAUGUUUCGAAAGUGAUCCAGUCUCUUCCGGAAACAACUUCAGUGUCAUUAUCGCUUGAAUGCAUCCGCGUUGGUUCCACUCAGCAGAGCUACCUCUAUCUCGGACCUAACAAACUUGUACAAAAUUGUCCUUCCUUUAAAUAAAAUGUACCAUGCUCUGGGGUUGGUUCAUGCGAUUCACACAUCCUACUAGUCCGUCCACAUUUUCGAAAUCGAAUUCUGGUCAUCGAAAGCAAUAGCAAUGUACUUCCAUCGAAAACCGGUGCAUACGAUCAUGUUGGCGGAUACAAGUUUGACGGAGUGGAAACAACUCUUUAUUUGACAUAGUUCUCACUGUCUUUCAAGCCAGUGUACACCGACUGUUGUAUUUUUGACAUUAUCCUCUAUUACUGCGGUUUUUCACACUGGCACAAUCUCCCUACCAUGGAUGCAGCGAACAAAGGACAUGUGGUAAUACCGAAAUACAUCUCCUUUGAGAUAGCUAUGCAGUUCCUGUAAACUGUCUUCUAUAAGUUAUUUCCACUCUAUUUGAACAACUGUCAACAGGUGACACGGGAAAUAUUUACCGAUCGAACAAAGCGGCUGGGUUUGAAGCCCCACUCAGAAACUAAUGCGCUUGUUACAAUCUAAAACGGAACAGAGUUAUUGCUGUUCAGUAUUUUCACCUUACAUUUCUCCUUUAUCUAAAUGUGCAUCACGAGUUACUUGUUAGCUAAAGUAUGUCUAAUUUCUAGUAUCACCUGGUAAAGAGAAUCAUUUGACUUUGCCAUUGGUGUACUAAAUGUCUGAAAAUUUCCUCUACUUCUCUGUUUGUCACCGUUGGAGACCUGUUUCAUUACAUCAUACAAAAUAUCGCUACGACAUUACUUUCCUAUUCCAACCGCACUUGUUUCUAUUGGUCGAAACUUUGUCUUCGUCUGUGAUCUCUCGUCCCCGUGGUGAUUACUCUUUAUCGAAACUGAUCUUUUUUAUCGAUCGAUUAUUUUUGUUGUUUUCUGCACAGGUGUCGGAUGAUUACAAGAUCACUAUUGUCAAAUUUUAAAGACAAUCAAGAACUUUUCCAAAAAUACAUUUGAUCCACAAUGCAUCAGUUAUAA